GAAUUGGACUCGGGGGUUUUCUGCAGCCGGCAGGGCACAGCGGCGGCCGCGGCCUCGGCGAGCGUGAGCAGCAGCGCCCCCACGACCCACCCCGCCAGCCUGGAUCCCGGGCCAUCGACGGUCGCUCGCGUUCCGGCUUCGCCCGCCUCCCGCUCCCCGGGUCAGCAGCCCCCAGCCCCACCGCGAUUCCCGCAGCCCCCGCACCGCGUCCCGGCCCCGCCGCGCCAACAUGUCCUCGACGGAGAGUUCCAGUCGCACCGAGGACAAGUCGCCGCGCCAGCAGGUGGACCGCCUGCUCGUGGGGCUGCGCUGGCAACGGCUGGAGGAGCCGCUAGGCUUCAUCAAAGUUCUCCAGUGGCUCUUUGCUAUUUUCGCCUUCGGGUGCUGCGGCUCCUACAGCGGGGAGACAGGAGCAACGGUUCGCUGCAACAACGAAGCCAAGGACGUGAGCGCCAUCAUUGUUUUGUUCGGCUAUCCCUUCAGGUUGAACCGGGUCCAGUAUGAGAUGCCUCUCUGCGACGACGAGUCCACCUCCAAGACCAUGCACCUCAUGGGGGACUUCUCUGCCCCCGCCGAGUUCUUCGUGACCCUGGGCAUCUUUUCCUUCUUCUACACCAUAGCCGCGCUGGUCCUCUACCUGCGCUUCCACAGCCUCUACACGGAGAACAGGCGCUUCCCGCUGGUGGACUUCUGUGUGACUGUCUCCUUCACCUUCUUCUGGUUGGUAGCUGCAGCUGCUUGGGGCAAGGGCCUGACUGACGUCAAGGGGGCCACACGGCCAUCCAGCCUGACCGCCGCCAUGUCCGUGUGCCACGGAGAGGAAGCUGUGUGCAGUGGCGGGGCCACGCCCUCCAUGGGACUGGCCAACAUCUCCGUGCUCUUUGGCUUUAUCAACUUCUUCCUGUGGGCCGGAAACUGUUGGUUUGUGUUCAAGGAGACCCCAUGGUAUGGGCAGGGCCAGGACCAGGGCCAGGGCACCAGCCAGGAGAGCGCAGCUGAGCAGGGAGCGGUGGAGAAGCAGUAAGCAGCCCCCACCCGGCUACUCCCGAACAGGACAGCACCUCUUCAACCACCUCCGGCCUCCGGGACCUCCCUCUUCUUCCCUCUCCACCUUCCCUCCCCCAGCAUCUGGGCUUUGAGCUUUGAGACGUUUUUUGCCAGAUGGGCAGGCAUCAGCUGUCAGAAACCUGGGCAGCCCUCCUGUGGCCUCGUAUCCCUCCUCUUGCUGGAGUCCCUGGAUGGCAGGAGCUCAGUGCUUCUUGUCUCCUUUCCAGACCUCGGCAUCUUCCUUGGGGGUCUUACUUGUAUCCUCACAGCUUCUGAGAACCAGCCUCUGCCACAGGCAACACAUGGGGUCAGGAGACCCGAGACUGGUUCCUAGCCGCCACUUCCAUCCCUCUGUCCACCUUCAGUGAAAGUGGGGGGAGGGGAAAUUGGCUGGCAGGCUUUUCCUUUGCAUGGAGGGCCCACCAGUGGUUUAGUGAUCCCUCUUCCAUGGCUGUCAUCAGGGCUCCGUGUCAGCCUGAACGCGGUAAGCUCCCCACUCUCUCCUCUGGCCUCUGAUUGCCCACGGAGCCCAUCCCGUGGGAACCCAGGAGGCAGACUAGCCUAGAAAAUAGCCCUUCAGAGGGUCCCAGUGAGGCUGAGACUCAGUGGGGAGCAGAUAAAUUGCAACUGAGUUGCAACUUCAAGAAACUUAAGCCAGAAAAUUGCUAGGGAAUCAGUUUUUUUCUGCUCCCUUAGUCCUCCUACCCCUCCAGGCUGGAGCCCUUUCCCCCAAAGCUCUAAACUCAUACUUGCCCUAGAAACUCCUUACUAUCCUCCCUGUCCCCCUUCUUGGGCUUGGUCUCACAUGUGGGACACAAGAGGAGGGGUCCCUAGGAGCAUCUCCAUGUCAGCCCUCCCCACCCCAGCCUCUCUGUCCAUCCUCCUUCCCCAGCCUCUUGGGGCUGAGGCAUUCAAGAUCCUUUUUGAAGUUGGUCCAGGCCUUC